CGUGUGCGCACGUGAGAGAAGAAGGAAAUGAUGCCAAGAGAAAGUUGAAGCUAUAGUCGAUGUAGAAAAAGAGAAGAAGGAGAAGAACAAGAGAAAAGAGCAGGCGAAGUUCUGGCCAACGGAGCGCAGAACAGAGGUUGUGCAGGGAAGGUGAUAGAUAAUCCUCCUUGCAAGGGAAUUGAGCAGAAGUGGCACAUCCGAGUUGUAGCAAAUUGGGGAGAUAAGUGGAGCAGUAGCGUAGGGGAGACUAUUGCGUGAGUUCCUGCUUCAGAAGCGGGUAGAAAGGGUGGGCAGGUCAGGCGCUUGAGAGCGCCUCAACGACUGCCGGCUCUCCCUUUCAUCGCGCAGCCCGCCGCGUCGUUCAUACCCUGACACCUUUUGUUUUCAUUGUUUUGUUAGUCUAAGAACUUUUCGACACACACUCAUACUAGCAAGUGCAGCUCAGCAGUUGUUAUACAUCCAUCCAUCCAUCUACAAAAAGAAAACGCAUGUGCCCCGUCCUGUCUUGUUCAUCUUUCGUUUCUGAAUCUUCCUAUAGCUAUAUUAUUCCCUUGGAGUUCUUCUGUUCCUUUCGUCUUUGCGUUGAGAGUUUUAUUCUCAACCCUCCGUUCGUCGAGAGACGAGACGGAACUGUGAGCCAAUCACGUGGCUCAAAAUCAUGGCGGCAGAAGUGCAGAGGCUAAUGGAGAGCGAUGGCGCGGAGAUGGCAGUUGCGAGCGGUGAUCUUGAACAAACGAGCCAGGGUGUGACUGAUGAAGCCGCAGAAAUUCUGAAGUGCCGCGAGAGGAUGGGUCAUUCCGCAGUGCCCCGGAAGCCGAUGGGGCUCUACGAUCCGGCCUUCGAUUCCGACGCCUGUGGUGUCGGUUUCAUUGCUGAGCUAUCGACUGUACCGAGCCGAAAGCUGGUGGUUGACGCGUUGGACAUGCUUAUUCGCAUGUCUCAUCGUGGUGCGUGUGGCUGUGAGGAAAACACUGGAGACGGUGCAGGCAUUCUAGUCGCUCUUCCCCACGGAUUCUUUCAGAAGGCAUUGAGGGAGGAGCUGGAUGCAGAGCUGCCGCCACCAGGAGAAUAUGCUGUGGGGAUGCUAUUUUUGCCUGUGAAUGAGGAGAGGCGAAAGAUUGGCAAGGACAUAUUUACCAAGAGAUGUGAAGCGCUUGGCCAUAACAUUUUGGUCUGGCGGCCGGUGAAGACCAACAAUGCGGGACUGGGAAAGGGAGCCUUGGAGACGGAGCCCGUAAUUGAGCAGGUGUUCAUUUCUCCAAGCGUAAAGUCUGUUGUUGACUUUGAGAAGCAAUUGUUCAUCCUCAGGAGGAUGGUUGAGGGCGAGCUCCGUGAUGCACUGGGGUUAGAGCAUGGUCAACCCCGGGACUUCUAUAUCUGCUCUCUCUCAUCGAAGACUGUUGUCUACAAGGGGCAACUUAAACCUGAUCAACUCCCAGGUUACUUCACGGACCUGAAGGAUGACAAAUUUGCUGCAUACACGGCGCUGGUGCAUUCUCGCUUCUCUACAAACACCUUUCCCAGCUGGGAAAGGGCGCAGCCAAUGCGAGUACUUGGGCACAAUGGCGAAAUCAACACCCUGCGUGGUAACAUCAACUGGAUGAGAGCACGUGAAGGUUUGCUGAAGUGCGAAGCUCUGGGCCUGUCUCGGGAGGAGCUGAAGAAGCUGAUGCCAAUUGUGGAUGAGGAUUCGUCAGAUUCAGGCGCAUUCGACGGAGUGUUGGAGUUCUUGAUCAGGACUGGAAGAAAUCCCCCGGAGUCGGUGAUGAUGAUGAUUCCAGAGGCGUGGCAAAAUGAUAGGCUCAUGGAUGUGAACAAGAAAAACCUAUACCAAUACCAUUCUGCUUUGAUGGAGCCUUGGGAUGGGCCUGCUUUGAUUGCAUUCACGGAUGGAAGAUACAUUGGUGCAACUCUGGACCGGAAUGGGCUGAGGCCAGGUCGGUAUUACAUCACCCACAGUGGACGUGUGAUCAUGGGCAGCGAAGUGGGAGUGGUGGAUGUGGAUCCCAAGGACGUGAAGAAGAAGGGCAGAUUGAAUCCUGGGAUGAUGCUUUUGGUUGAUUUUGACAAGCACAUUGUUGUGGAGGAUGCCGAGAUGAAGAAGCAGUACUCGGCAGCGCGGCCGUACGGUGAGUGGCUGGCAAAGCAAAUGCUGACACUGGAGGAUAUCACGGAGAGCGUCCCCAAGGAGAAGUUGCUCCCACCUACGAUCAAUGGUGUGGUCGCGGAUGCUGACCUGGGUUCAGAUAUCAAGGAGAACCGUGGACUGACCAAGCUUCUUGCACCUCUGAAGGUCUUUGGGUACACGGUCGAGGCGUUGGAGAUGCUGUUGCUCCCCAUGGCACGGGACGCCUCUGAAGCCCUUGGGUCUAUGGGGAAUGACACCCCGCUGGCGUGCAUAUCAGACAGACCGAAAUUGCUCUUCGAGUACUUCAAGCAGAUGUUCGCGCAGGUCACAAACCCGCCAAUCGACCCCAUUCGUGAGGCUGUUGUGACUUCCACGGAAUGUAUGAUCGGCCCGGAAGGUGACCAGACAGAGACGACAGAGCAGCAGUGUCAUCGUCUGUCUCUAAAAGGUCCGCUCCUCACGCUCGAGGAGAUGGAGGCGUUGAAGAAGAUGGAUUAUCGUGGGUGGAGGACGAAGGUCGUCGACAUCACCUUUGCCAGGGAGGAAGGACCUGCAGGAUUGGAGCAUACUCUGGAGAGGAUUUUGAAGGAGUCCACACAAGCCAUAGCUGAUGGGUUCAAGAUUCUGGUUCUCUCCGACCGUGCCACGUCGUGGGGAAGGGUCCCUGUGUCGUCUCUCCUUGCUGUGGGAGCCGUCCAUCACCAUUUGGUGAAGACCCUCUCUCGUACCCGGUUGGCUGUGGUCGUAGAGUCAGGAGAGCCUCGUGAAGUCCACCACUUCUGUACUCUCGUUGGAUUUGGGGCGGAUGCCAUCUGUCCUUACGUGGCGAUCAAUGCCAUUUGGAGCCUCAACGAGGACGGAAAGAUUCCUCCGAAGGCUGAUGGCUCAUGCCGGACAAAGGAAGAGCUUGUGGCAGCUUACUUCAAGGCAUCGAAUGCAGGAAUCCUCAAAGUCCUCGCUAAGAUGGGCAUCUCCACCCUGGCUUCCUACAAAGGGGCACAGAUCUUUGAGGCACUUGGUCUAUCAUCUGAGGUGGUAGAUAGGUGCUUCAGGAGGACACCGAGUCGUGUACAGGGAUGUACUUUCAAGACUCUGGCUGCUGAUGCUAUGCGCUUGCAUGAGCAAGCUUUUCCUGUUGUGGAGCCACCCAAGGGCAGUGCAGAGGCGAAGGCAUUGCCAAAUCCUGGCGACUACCACUAUCGCUCUACACCAGACUCUGAGGCGCAUCUGAACGACCCGACAGCCAUUGCCAAGCUGAGGGAGGCAGCCACGUUGAACAGCAAGAUUGCUUAUGAGGAUUUUUCGAGGAUUACGAACGAGUUGAAUAAGAAGUGCACUCUCCGUGGAAUGCUGAAAUUCAAGGGAGUCGGGUCAUCUAUUCCUUUGGAGGAGGUUGAGCCUGUGCAGAACAUUGUGAAGAGAUUUUGUACGGGUGCUAUGAGUUAUGGGUCCAUCUCACUUGAGGCACAUACGACACUCGCCAUGGCUAUGAACCGCCUUGGAGGAAGGUCUAACACAGGUGAAGGCGGCGAGAACCCGGCUAGACUGGUGCCCCAGCCAGAUGGAUCCCAUAAUCCACAGAGGAGUUCUAUCAAGCAGGUGGCCAGUGGUCGCUUUGGCGUGACAGCAUAUUACCUAACAAAUGCGGAUGAACUGCAAAUCAAGAUGGCACAAGGUGCCAAACCGGGUGAGGGAGGUGAAUUGCCCGGCCACAAGGUCGUUGGGGACAUUGCUGUGACUCGGCACUCUACUCCCGGUGUGGGUCUAAUCAGUCCACCCCCGCAUCACGAUAUUUACUCGAUCGAAGAUCUUGCUCAGCUCAUCUAUGACCUGAAGAAUUCGAAUCCAGGCGCUCGUGUGAGUGUGAAGCUGGUUUCCGUGGCUGGAGUGGGAGUGAUUGCAGCUGGCGUGGUGAAAGGACAUGCAGAUCACGUCCUCAUUUCUGGCCAUGACGGUGGUACCGGUGCUUCUCGCUGGACUAGCAUCAAGAAUGCAGGUCUGCCAUGGGAGCUGGGUCUUUCAGAGACACACCAGGUACUCGUGGCAAACGAUCUCCGUGGCCGUAUGAUUUUGCAGACCGAUGGGCAGAUAAAGACGGGGCGUGAUGUUGUUAUCGCUGCCCUUCUUGGAGCAGAGGAGUUUGGUUUCAGCACUGCACCUCUUAUGGCAAUGGGGUGUGUCAUGAUGAGGAAGUGCCACAAAAACACUUGCCCAGUUGGAAUUGCAACGCAGGACCCGGUUCUUCGGGCCAAAUUUAAGGGCGAGCCGGAGCAUGUUAUCAAUUAUUUCUUCAUGGUGGCAGAGGAAGCACGGAAGUACAUGGCAUCCAUGGGAUUCAGGAAGAUGGAUGAAAUGAUUGGCAGGGCAGAUAUGCUGGAGGUUGAUAACGAGGUUAUCAAGAACAACCCAAAGCUGGAGAACAUUGAUCUCUCUGCUGUUCUGAAGCCUGCUGCAGAGUUGCGACCAGGUGCUGCCCAGUUUUGCGUGCAAAAGCAGGAUCAUGGGCUGCACAUGGCUUUGGACGUCAAGUUGAUCGAGCUCUGCAGACCUGCACUGGAGAAGUGUGAGCCUGUUCGUCUUAACCUGGAGAUCUGCAAUGUCAACCGUGCUGUUGGCACCAUGCUCAGCCACGAGGUGACGAAGAAGUACCGUCUGGCUGGACUUCCUGAGGACUGCAUUCAUAUCAAGUUCGAAGGACAUGCGGGACAAAGUUUUGGUGCAUUUAUCUGCCCUGGAGUUACGUUGGAAUUGGAGGGUGACAGCAACGACUAUGUUGGAAAGGGUCUCUCUGGAGGGAAGGUUAUUGUCUACCCUCCCAAGGACAGUGGUUUUGUUCCCAAGGAGAACAUUGUCAUCGGAAACGUUGCCUUGUAUGGUGCUACUUCUGGAGAAGCUUAUUUCUGUGGCAUGGCAGCUGAGCGUUUCUGUGUCCGUAAUUCUGGUGCAAAGGCAGUUGUGGAGGGCGUGGGCGACCACGGUUGUGAGUACAUGACUGGAGGUAUUGUAGUUGUACUUGGAGUUACCGGUAGAAACUUCGCUGCCGGAAUGAGUGGGGGUGUUGCUUACGUCCUGGACACAAAGGGUGAAUUCCAGAAUAAGUGCAACACAGGCCUCGUUGAUUUGGACAAGAUGACUGAGGAGGAAGACAUUUCUAUUCUCAAGACGAUGAUUCAGAAGCACUACAAGCACACGCACAGUGCGGUGGCUAAGCACGUGCUUAUGAACUUCGAUGAUCUGCUGCCCUUCUUUCUCAAGGUAUUCCCACGCGAUUACAAGCGUGUGCUCCUUGAGACGAGGGCAAAGAAGGCACAACAGGCAGCAGCAUCGUUGGACUCUUUGAAGGCUAUUGCUGCCAAUGGCGCAGUUUUGGAGAAACCAAGAAGGCCAACACGGGUUGAGGGAGCAGUGAAGCAUCGUGGUUUCGUUGUGUAUGAGAGAGAAGGGAUUCCGUACCGGAACACCGAAGAAAGGUUGAAGGAUUGGAAGGAGGUGAUGGUCCACGAGCCACCACCAGCACUUCUGAAAACACAAGCUGCACGGUGCAUGGACUGUGGUACACCAUUCUGUCAUCAGGGUAAUAGCGGGUGCCCACUGGGCAACAAGAUCCCUGAAUUCAAUGAUCUUGUACAUCAAAACAGGUGGCGUGAAGCUCUGGAUCGUCUGUUGGAGACGAACAACUUCCCUGAGUUCACAGGCCGUGUGUGCCCAGCACCAUGCGAGGGUGCUUGUACACUGGGUAUCAUUGAGAACCCUGUUGCUAUAAAGACGAUUGAGUGCACCAUCAUUGACAAGGCGUGGGAAGAAGGGUGGAUGGUGCCCAGGCCUCCUGUUCGGCGCACAGGGAUGAAGGUGGCUGUGGUGGGUAGUGGGCCUGCUGGACUAGCAUCUGCGGAUCAGUUGAAUAAGGCAGGCCACUUCGUGACUGUUUAUGAGCGCGCUGAUCGUAUUGGAGGGCUGAUAAUGUAUGGUGUGCCAAACAUGAAGUGCGACAAGGAGGAGGUUGUAGAGCGUAGAGUCGACCUUAUGAGGAAGGAGGGAGUCAGAUUCCAAACGAAUGUCGAUGUUGGGGUGACAAUUUCUGCCAAGGAUCUCAGAGCGGAGAACGAUGCUGUGAUUCUUGCCUGCGGAGCGACAAAGCCGAGGGACCUGCCUGUUCCAGGCCGUGAACUGAAGGGUAUUCACUUUGCGAUGGAGUUCCUCACCGCGAACACCAAAAGCCUCCUCGACAGCAAGCUGAUGGAUGGCAAGUACAUCUCAGCAAAGGGCAAGAAAGUGGUGGUCAUUGGAGGUGGAGACACGGGCACGGACUGCAUUGCCACGUCCGUAAGGCAUGGCUGUACCGCCAUGAUCAAUCUCGAACUACUUCCUCAGCCUCCAGCAGGGCGUGCAUCAGACAACCCAUGGCCACAGUGGCCGCGCAUCUUCCGUAUCGAUUAUGGCCAUACCGAAUCGGAAGCCACAUUCGGCAAGGACCCCAGAACAUACGAGGUAAUGACCAAGAGAUUCUUUGGAAAUGAUAGGGGAGAGGUGACAGGUCUGGAAAUUGUUAAGGUGCAGUGGACCAAGGACGCUUCCGGGCGAUGGAAAAUGGAGCAGUUGGCAGGAUCGGAGCAGAUACUGGAAGCAGACCUGGUUCUCUUGGCCAUGGGUUUCCUCGGCCCGGAGCAGUAUGUUGCACAGGAGCUUGGUGUGACCACAGAUCCAAGGAGUAACUUCAAGGCAGAGUACGGACGAUUCGCAACAAAUGUGGACGGUGUCUUUGCGGCGGGUGACUGCAGAAGAGGCCAGUCACUGGUGGUGUGGGCCAUAACUGAGGGAAGGAGAGCAGCCGCACAGGCUGACAAGUACUUGGCAAGGAAGGCAGCUGAUGUUGCGGCUAGCCAAGGUUCUCUAUCGGCUCUGAGAAUGGGGAUGGUAAGCAAUGGCAGCACCGUUGGAGUCACUGCUUAGGACUGUCCGAUUGAUUUCGCCGCAAGGGUGGUUUGAUUCCGUUCUAUUCAACACCGUGUGCACGGGAGAAGUGGAGCUUAUGGUGACAAUGCUGGGUUGGUACCAGGAACGUAUAACAUGUUGUGCUUUUCGGUGUUUCACGUCAUUGUACCCAAGAAGAAGCAUUACACCCUCGCAUUUGCACGCGCACGCGCGCGCUCGAGAGAGAGAGAGAGAGGUCUGAGGUUGCGGUUAGCCAAGGUUCUCUACCGGCUCUGAGAAUGGGAAUCGUACACAAUGGCGGCACCAUUGGAGUCACUGCUUAGGACUGUCCGAUUGAUUUGCCGCAAGGGUGGUUUGAUUCCGUUCUAUUCAACACGUUUGUACGGGAAAAGUCCACAGACAGGCAACAUUUUGUGCUUCUCAGUGUUUCAUGACAUUGCGCCCAAGAAGAAGCAUUGCACCCGUGCGUGUGUGCAAGAGCAAGAGAGAGAGAGAGAGAGAGAGGUUUUUUCCGAUGGGCGUAACUUGAGAGAGAGAGAGAGAGAGAGAGAGAGAGAGAGAGAGAGAGAGAUGUCUUUUCCGAUGUGUGUGUGUGUGGUAGAGAGAGAGAGAGAGAGAGAGAGAGAGAGAGAGAGAGAGAGAGAGAGAGAGAGAGAGAGAGAGAGAACUUUGGCAAAAAUAUGUAUUAAUAGUAAGUAUUGUAGCAAGUUUUGGACGUCAGACAUGAUAGAAAAGAUAGCAAGUUUUGGACGUCAGACAUGAUAGAAAAGGUGUGGAGAGAAUUUAUUGCAUUGCAAAAGUGGUGGUUGUUGAAGAGGAGAGUCAGUGUCCCUCUAUGGUUUCCCGUGGUGCUUGUUGAAGAUGACAAUUGAUGUCAUUUGCUGGUGGUGUGUUUUCUCGGCGGGGACAAGCAAGGGUGUCGUCCUAGACGUAGAGGAGGAAGGGAGGGUGGUCGCACCUGGUGUUCUGAAAUGGCACCAUUGCGGUGGUGUCAUGAUACACUCGUAACGCUGCGGCGCUAUAGUGUGGCCUCACAAGCUUUCUCGCCUUCUUGUUCUGAUGGCGGUGGCAUGGUCAUGAGUUCUGUCUUUUGUCUUUAUCUUUCUCUGAAAGGUCUCGCUUGAUGUUGGAACAGCACUGGGGAAAGAGAAGGUGAGCCCAUCAGUGGCUUGUAGCAGUUUGUAGUUCUGCUUUGAUAUAGGAGCAGAUGGCGCUAUAGGUUGGCGUGUAGCAGUUUGUAGCUCUGCUUUGAUAUAGGAGCAGAUGGCGCUAUGGAGAAGGUGAGCCCAGGCAAUUCGGCGACAAUCGUUUUCAAUUUUUCAAAUCUGUCGACCCUCUGGAAUUAUUAGGUUGUAGCUAGAGAUUAGAACAUGUCGUCAAGAGUGAGAGAUAUUGUUUCCUGGAAUUGGUGCCGUGUUUUGGUGAGCGCUCUGAAAAUAGAACACUGUCUCAAGUUGAGAGCAGGAGGAAUUAAAGGGCUUUUUUAUAACGAGGUUUCAUGGCAGGUUUAUGGGAAAGGUUAUGUGAUUGUGAUUUAAGGUAGCAGUUUUUCCUGCAAUCCGUUCCCAUAGCCAAUGGCUGUGUCUCGAGCUCAUGCUGGUGAGAUGGGGGGAGGGGGGAAAGGGGUUGUCCAAUCCUACCAUUUUUCUCCAUAUGAAUUAUGUGCUUAUUUCUAUGAAAGAGAGCAUGAAGCAGUACUUUUUUUCUUUACCUCUUUGUGCAGUCGCAGAGGAAGUGAUGAGCACUGUGUUGUGUGUGUGUGUGUGUGUGCGCGUGUGUGUCUCAAGUUUUUAAUGUGUGUGUGUGUGUGUGUGUGUGUGUGUGUGUGUGUGUGUGUGUGUGUGUGAACUAGUCACUUGAACAUAUGCCAGGGCUGUGACAAACUGUUGUUGGAGUUUCACCGACUUACUAGGAAGCUGAACCCUGAACAGUCUGCAGAAUCCCUAACUGAUUACGCAUAAUCCACCUUAACCCCGGUUGUGGUUAAUAUAUGAAUACGUAUUGCCAAACAG